CGUCCGCGCCCCAGUACGGCAUCCCCGCUGGCACGGCGCGGAGCGGGCACCGCCCCACACCGGCCCUUCCGGAGCGGCACCGGAAGUCCCGCCCCACACCGGCCGGACGAGUGGGAACAGCUCUGACUACGCACGCGCACUGCAUCGCUACCCAGCGCGCCGCCGCCGUCGCACGACGCAUGCGCAGCAUUUCCAACGCCCUCGGAGAGCACGGCCCCGCCCACCAUAGCGAAAGGACGCAGGCGCCUAAUCGGCCCCACGACCGUGAUGCACUUCGCGCUUGCGCAGUGCCGCCCGCUGGCGUUGCCGCUCAAGUCAUCGGCGGGAACGGGACGUUCGGGAAGAAUCUGGUUGAUCGGUGUGGGGUCGUUCGCGGUGCCCGGGCCAUGAAUGGGGCUCUCAUCCCAGGCACACCCAUCGCAGUGGAUUUUUGGAGCAUCAGGAAAGCCAGCCAUGCUCGCUUGUUCUUUCUCUCCCACAUGCACUCUGACCACACAGUGGGGCUAUCCAGCACCUGGCGCCGGCCCAUCUACUGCUCCCCCCUCACAGGGCGAAUCCUGUGCCACAGGCUGAAGGUGGCGGAGCGCUGGAUCUGGCCCCUGGAAGUGGGGCAGAGCCACCUGGUGGCCCUUGAUGAGGUUCGUAAAAGGACCAUGACGGUGACCCUGAUAGAUGCCAACCACUGCCCUGGCUCAGUCAUGUUCCUCUUUGAGGGCCCCUUUGGUGUCAUCCUCUACACAGGUGACUUUCGUUACACUCCCACCAUGCUGCAGGAACCGGUGCUAAGGAACCGGAAACGAAUUGAUGUUCUCUACUUGGACAACACAAACUGUGACCCCCUGGGCCACCUGCCCUCCCGCCAGCAGGCCACCCAACAGAUCAAAGAGCUGAUCAGGGCCCACCCAGAUCACGAGGUCAAGAUUGGGGUCUACAGCCUGGGCAAAGAGUCGCUCUUGGUGGACUUGGCCUUAGAGUUUCAGACCUGGAUUGUGGUGAGUCCCAAGAGACUGGAGCAGAUGAAAGUGCUGGGCCUGGUGGAUGUCUUCACUGCCGAGGAGGGGGCUGGCUGGAUCCACGGCGUGGACAUCUCUGAAAUCUGCUGGGAAGCCAUGAUCAGCUGGAACCAGCAGCGCCCCACCAUUGCCAUUCUCCCUACCAGCCGCCCAGUGAAGAUCCCCCACCGCAGUGUUCACCUCGUGCCCUAUUCAGACCACUCCUCCUUUUCGGAGCUGCUGGAGUUUGUACAGUGGCUGAAGCCCUGCUCCAUAGUUCCAAUUGUCAAGAGAAACGUGUGCCUGCCGUACUUUGAGAAAUACCUGAGCUCCGACCAUAAGGCGUCAUCUGAGCCCGGGAUUCCAGAGUCUGGGCAGAAGUUCACGCAGUUGAGAGAGAGCAGGGAGCAGCAAAGAGCCACCCAGCAGCCUGUGCCUAGGAAGGACUCCUUUGCAUCCUCAGAGAAACGUACGGACUGGCCGGAGCAUUUUGGGGAUGUGACGAUUAGCCAGCAGAGCUCCUCAGAGCAGCCUAGGGACCCCAACACCCGUUCACAAGGCAGCUUUGUGUGUUGCAGGGGCGAGAGGAAGGGAAUCAAAGAGGAGUUAUGCCAGUUGCAUGGUGCCCAGAGGCAGCUUUUUUCAGCACAGCCCAAUACACAGACACCUGCCAGAACGCAGCCACUGCCGCCCAAGGACACCGGUGCCCGGACGUCCCAAAGCAGCACAGAGGGCACAGCACAGCCACGCACAAGUUCUUUAUCUUGGCAAAGGGGGAAGAAACACGCCAGCCCAUGCCAGCCUCCCCUGCGGGACUGGGUCCCCUUAACGCUGGCCUCCAUGCAGAAGAAGGCAGCUCUCCCCUCACACAAACAGAGUUUAACCUGCCUGCAGACUGAGGAAUUUCUUCCCCCAGGAGCAGCUGGUGACCGUGUCACCCUGGCCAGCUGGUCCCCUGUGGCCAGCAGUCAUGUUGCCUGUGGGCUUGCGGAGGAGUAUUUGCUUGCUCCAUUAAACACCCUAAAGCAAUACUCUGCAGAGAGCUUUGACUGGGAGAUCAAAAACUAUUUCAGGAGAGAGGAUGGGCCCUAACAGCCAGCGCGUGUGGAGCUAGCAGCAAAGGUCCUGUUCUCUCAAGUGUUGUCAGUGUGUGCUGUCUGCCAGGGCUGCUCUGAGCCAGCCAACAGGAGAUGGCCGAGCUCGGGGCUUUACGCUGAAAGCCUGAGGAGAAUGGCAGAGUUUGCAGCAGCUCCUAGAUUCUCUUUUUGUUGGUUUGUUGAACAUUGUAAAAUUGCAAGUUUGUUGUGUCAUUACUGGCCACAGUACGGGGAUAACUCCCAAGUACUAUCUGUGACCCUGUCCAUGUCCUGGGUUGUCACCCUGGCACUCACGCAAAUGCAGAUCCCAGGAGGACACUGUGUUCGCGACACCUUAUGGCAAAGGGAAUUGGAAUGGUUCCUGGGAGGUGAGCCGUAGGGGGCGUGAGCUGCCAGGCGUGACUCUGCAUUCAUGUUCCUAUGAGAGGAGAGAAGCAUUCUCCUGCUUGACAGCAAAACAAGAAGGAAGUUCAAGAGCCCCAUCCUCUCCCUCCUGCUGUUUGCAUUCCUAGCUGCUGACAGGGAUUGGUGUGUGCUCAGCUAUCCUAGCGGCUUGGGAGCUUAUUUUAAAGAGACAGUGAAGUGAAGAGCUUUCAGGCCUCUCUGGAUCGCUGUCAGGCUGUAUUUAGAGACACUAACAUCACAGGCUUGUGGGAGGCUCUCCCGGGCGACACAGCUGCCGUCCCAUCCUGAUUGGGCCAGCUUGUGGUUGGAGCUGUAAAUGCUCUCUCAUGUCACGAACUGGGGCAGGAGGAAUUCUGUGAAUUCCAAGGACUUGGCUCUCUGGUGCAGGUUGUUGCAUUGUUUGGAGUGUCUAUGUUCAUUUGUGAACUGUUGUUUCUUCUCCCUCCAGCCCUUGAUCCUUGUGCCCCAUAUCAGUGAGUCAGACCAGAGCGACAGCCCCCGGCAGUGUGCAAACUCCAGGCACCUUCGCUGGGUUAAAAGUCAUGGAGUCUGUGGCUCUUUCAGUGCUGCCAGUGUUAGCCAUGCCGCG